GUUUGGAUAGUUACACCCCGGUUAUUACAAAUUCGGAAUCUCUCGCCUGCAUUUUCGGUAGCCUAUCGAUUGAUGGCUUGAUCGCGACCCUCCUAUCAGCAGUGAAUGCUCCUUCCCCUCCCUCCCCCCACCCCCCAUCCUAUUUUGCGUGGCGUCGAAAGUACCUAUCGUCAAACGAGCUCCCUCUUCCUCCGCCGUCUUCAUGAUCGUCGCUGCUACCGUGAAGUCAGUAUGAGAAAAUAAACACACCUGUGGCCGUAAUUUCAACGCGAAUCCUUCCUUUCAAUCCGCAAAACGAGCUCCUCCCUCGACCCCCCUCGUUUAGCACACGUCCGAUCAUUCCAUGACUCCCCCUCCUCAGCCCCCAAUGUCGUUCCCGCCGCCGGUAUCCGGCUCCGAUAUGACGGCUGCAUCGUCGCGACCUGUCUCGGAUCUCCCACAGGCAGAAGUCGACGCCAUUAUUCGGGCGAAACGAAAGGCGCGCGAGCCCAAGGCUUGCUAUCCUUGCCAUGCGAGGAAGGUGAAAUGCGACCGCAACCUUCCGUGUGAUGGAUGUGUUAAGCGCGACCAUGCCGAGCUUUGCUCCUAUGAACGACCCUCGAAGCGGCGUCCAGUUGCUGAAUUGGGUCCUCAGAUGUAUGCUGAUGGAUCUGUGGGGAGGGCCUCUGUUGGGUCGGGAGGAGAGAAUGCAGCGUUAUCCGGCGAUGCAGGGGUGCGAUUAAAACAGGAGCCCGGGUUGAGUAACCAGACAAGUCCGAUGGUGAAUAGUGGACAGGUGUCCAUUGCUCGGGAAGAUUGGGAUAAUGUGCGCAUGAGAUUGAAGGAGAUGGAACAAACCAUAGCCAAUAUGCGCGCUGGGUUGGAGAAGGCCGAGGAGGGGCCAGUGUCAGUAUUGGAGACAGGCAGUGUCCGGAGCACAGAGGCAAGCAGCCGGUCCAAAGGUGGUUCGCCUGAGCGGGAGGGAAUUCAUGCACCGAAUACUCUGGGAGAAGGCACCGUUCAUCUUGGCUCGAGAUCUGUACUCGCUUAUAUCUUGAACAAUAAGUCUGGGUCGGAUCAGAUACACACGCUCCUGGAGGGUGGGAUUUUGCCCAAGUUGGGCCUUGACAACGAAUCUGCGACCUACCCGUUCGUUGAUUUAUGGUCUUCCGAUAUGUCUACCUUUGAUAUUAGUGCUGUUUGUUGUGCCCUUCCGAGUGACGAGCAGUGCAAAGAAUUCUUCCGCUGUUACCGAGAUAUUGCGGGGGCUAUUUAUCCUGUCCUUGAAGAUGUGGUGCAAUUUGAGUGGAAUGUCGAUCUUUUGCUUCGCAAUAGAGUAGCUAUGGGUGGAGUAUAUCGGGCAGAUAACGAUCAGACCCAAAGGCCUUUUGGUGUCACGAUUGCUUACCUUGGGCUAUUGUUUGCGGUGCUAGCAUCUGGUUGUCAAUCGUCCGACUUGCCGGGCAAGGAAAGGGAGCUCACCUCGCAGGUUUAUGUGUGCUGUUCUUAUCAAUGCCUUCGGAUGACCAACUUUUUGUCUCAGCCGACGAUAGAGGCUAUCCAGACGUUACUCGUGAUCGGAAACGUACUAUCGUACAAUAUGAAUCCCGGCAUCUCCUAUGUACUUCUUGGCAUGACCCUUCGAAUGGGGUUGGCGAUUGGUCUUCAUGUUGAAUCCGGUAACUUCUCGGCAGUAGAGCGGUAUCGAAGGCGGCAUGUCUGGUGGUCCAUGGCGUGGCAGGACAGCCACUUCUCGCUUUCGUACGAUCGCCCCUCAACAACUGCCGUAUGUCAGCCCGAGAUUGCGUACCGCGAAGGCACAAAAUCGGAACAGCUGUCGUACUUUGAAACACUUUGCCGAAUGAUCUCUCUCGCUUUGGAGGUUGUUCGAAGCCGCAUGUUGAGCCCUCAUGCCCAGAUGAGUUUCAAAACCAUUCAGACGUACAAGGAAAAGAUCCAGAAAAUCAUGAUUGAAGCGCGCCCUUAUCUUAGAGAUCCCAACUACUGCGUGAGCUCAACAGACCGUCUGGAACAUGCCGUGCUCAAGCUUCAUUCAUCCUACUUUUCCUCCGAGCUCUGUCGGCCAGCCCUGAAGUCACCUGCGGAUUCUAGUGACUCGCCUACCGCUUGGAUGCGUGCUGGGUGCCUGGAUAAUCUUAUGAAAACGGUGGAGGCAUAUAUCGAAAUGCACGCUGUCAGCACUCACGCAUCUCGUUCCUGGAUUGCCUUACAGCGAGCCAUCAGUGCCAUAUUCCUGCUGGCGGUUACGGAGGAGUCUAAAGGCAAUGCGCAUUUUUGGUCACUUCUCCGAAGGCUGAAGGCUAUUAUUAGUGAACGUGCUAAUUCCGAAUUUGAUUAUGGAUCAACGGAUGCCGCUGGCACAACGACGACGACUACUAAUAAUACUACCCGCACGACAUCCUUCAACAACGCAUUUGGAGCCAACGUUAAUGCUACCUCGCCUCAAAUUCCAACAACCUUGAGCUCCCCAGCGGCAGCCGCCGCCGCAGCAACAGACACGCAGACCCAGUGGGCUAAACCAUUGACCAAGACCCUGCGCGCAUUGGAAAAGCUUGAAGCUGCUGUUCACGGCCACGCCUAUCAAUUCUCCUCCAACGCUGGAUCACCCGCAUAUCUCAAUCCAAGUAGUGCGAAUAUGCCUCCAGGAAUUCCUGUGUCAGCUGGUAUGACACCAAGUGUCGGAUCUCUUCCGCCACCGACGCCAGAGAGUUCGACCAGUGGCGAGUGGACGAUCCCUAAUCUUCUGGACCGGGCCGCGGAAUACAUCCACCCACCCCUUUGGAGUUGAUUUCUUAUUCUCAUUAUCUUCGAGUAGAUGACGGAAGGCGUUGGGGAUGGAUCGGAUCGUGUGUAUUAUUGCAGGCUGGCGCACGUUGUUUUGAGUUCCUGUAGGUACUUUCAGUUUUACUUAUAUCCUCUUUUUUGAACCAUUUCUUUCCUGGUUUCGUCCAGUGUAAGGUUUGAGUGAUGGUACGAGGAAUUCCUCCUUGAAUACAGGAAUAUAGAGAAAGGCUCCAGCUACGAGAGUGGAGCACAGUAGAAACCUCUCUGGUGACUGGAGAGGGUCGAAGGCUAAGAUGAACUCCAACCCGGCAUUUGCUUCUCUAGGGUUCAGAAACCAGGAAUAAGCAAAGUAGAAUAUUGAUCUUGAUCUGAAGGACUGUCCCUCCUUUCUUCCCCUGCGUCACCAGAAACGCGCAUGGCAUGU